AUGGCACCUCCACCUCCUUCAACAACUCCCCGAGUAAUUACUCUGGUUUUGAAGGUCUUCAUGUUUGCUCUUCUCUUAGCAUCGCUCAUCGUACUCGUCACCGACACCACAACCGUGCCAUUAGACGUAAUCUUUGAGUUGAAAGUUCAUUUCGAUGAUGUCUAUGCUUACCGAUACGUGCUUGCUUCAAUCAUCAUUGGACUCGUAUACUCACUCUUGCAAACCGCUUUCUCUUUGUACCAUCUUGCCACUGGAAAUCGAUUGAUAAGUGGAGAUGGCGGCUUUGUUUUUGAUUUCUAUGGUGACAAGGUUCUAUCUUAUGUGAUGGCUACCAGUUGUGCUGCGGGUUUUGGUGCAACCAAAGAUCUAAAGGCAUUGGCUGAUGCAAGGAAGCUUGAUUUCGAUGACUAUUUUGAUAAAGCAUACGCUUCUGCUAUCUUGCUCCUCCUGGCCUUUCUCUGUGCUGCCGUUUUAUCUGUUUUCUCAUCGUAUGCUCUCCCGAAAAUGAUUAAUGAAAGCGGAUGACGAUAGUUUUGUUUCAUAUUAUAUCUUUGGUAGAGCUGCAAACAAGUCCAAAAAUAAAAAGAAAAAGAAAAAUCUUUAUAUUUUAAUUGAAUUAAAUGCCUACACCAUCUGCCUUAAGUCACAGAACUUGGAACAUGUGCCAACAUUUAUAGUUUAGUCUCGAGAGGCAUUUAAAUAGAAACAACUCAAACUGAACAGAAAACAAAGACAUUGGACGUCAAUGACCAAAUCUAGCAGCAAACAAGCUUUGAGAAAAAUGAAAUUGAUCAAUGACGACGAUGAGGGCGAGUGACAUUGUUCCGCAAAGGAAGGAGUCCAUUCCUCUGAGCCCGAGGAUUGGCAUUUUUCAGCAUCUGGUCUUUCCAACAACCCGCAUGAUAACUGUAGUGCUCAUUGGCAGAGAAAUAGGACCAACCAGAAUUGGUUUUUGGACACAUUGGGUAUAAACAUCUAGGCUGAUACUCAUUUUUAAGUGUCAUGUUCAUCCCAUUACUUGCAGUUAUGGUCCUUGGGAGCCUUGCACAGGAUAGGUGUAAAUUCCUAUUGCUGUGAUUGCAGCGGUAGUAAUUUGGCCCGUAUACAAUCUUCCGGCAGGCAUUGCAUGUUGGCCUUUGUGAAGGCAUUGAUUUGGAAAAGAUGAAGUUACAGUUGAUUAAAAAUGGGUGCGAGGUGAUAGGAGUGAAAAUGCCGCAGCAUUCUUCGUGGAGAUUGAAACAGCAGCCCCGGUGGGGACAUGAAAACCGGGGUCCCAACCCUGAAGCUCCGCAUCCAUUGCAUAUGUAAAAGGAAUCAGACUGGACCAAAUGAAGAUCAUGCUGCUGGUGACUAGAAUGAUUUAUCGCUUUAAUUCUGAUCAUGUCGCUUGAAGGAUUUAAACUAAGAGCUCCUGCAAAACAUUCAGGCCUUUUAGG